AUGGCUCGCUUGUCUGGUCUACAGCGAGAGGUGCUCAAAUUGUACCGUAUAUGUAUUCGUGCCACAUACACCAAGCCUUCCGAGAACAGACUCCAUUGGCGGGACUAUAUACGCUCUGAGUUUGAUAAACACAAGCUGUUGCCAAAAAAGUCGUUCAGUGUGAUCGAGCAUCUUUUGCGUGUGGGGAACAGAAGGUACGAGAUGUACAGAGACCCCAGCAUCAAGGAUGUGCGUUGA